UUAGUAAAUCCGCGGGGUCAGACUGCCAUCGAUGUUUUCUUUUGUUUUAAACCACAAAUUUAAUAUGUAAAACUAAACAUUUUGAUCCAUAAAUAUGACUAAUCGAUGCAGUACAGUGACGUGCAAUAAAAACGCUUAAAUCGUGAACAAAUGCCAAGUCAUUUCAGUCGAAAUAACUCAAUUUCACCCGUGUAGUAUAUAUAUUUUUUUCGUGUGCUACAAGAAAUUUUCUCGGUCCGUUUCGGGGACGCAUGAAAAAUGGCGGCGUCCUCAGCUACGGCUGCAGCGGCGACCACAAUACCAACAGAGGCAAUAACGGAGGAAUGUAAAGAUGAAGAUGCUAUAAGCACGACACUGCAUUCGUGUGCAAAUGAUCCUGAUUUCGCAGUUAUUUGUGCGUUUUUACAAAAAUUCGCCAAAGAUUUGGGCCUGAUUUUGCCGAAUUUUAAGCAUUUGCAGGAGUGGUUGACAAACAACGAUGAAGUUCCUGAGCUGAAGGAUUUGCACAUCAAACUGCUGCGAAAGACCCGCAAAACGGUGCACGAGAAGAGCUGGGAAUCGGCUCUCAGUAAAUUCUGUUUUGGAUACUCUCUCCAAGAUGCCUGGGAAAUAGAACGCUUUGGCUAUAAAAACUCCAGCCUAAAAGUGAAACUAAGGAUAUUUCGGGAACUCCUGGAGAGCCAAUUCGAGCGCAAUGUCAAAUUUCGUGCCCACAUACUCACGCAGAAUUCGAAUACCCUGCGAUCGGAGCCCAUUGGACGUGAUCGACUGGGGCAUGCCUACUGGUUGACCCAGGACGAUGACUGCAAUCUGCGCAUCUAUCAGGAGCAUCUGGAUGAGGAAAUCUGGCAGGUGGUGGCCACCAAUCGGGACGAAUUCGUGAAUCUUAUUGCCAGGCUGCGUGGCAAUGAGGUGGUGCUGCCCUCCAAGGAUAUUGGCGAGGCGGAUGAGGAUACGAGCAGCAGUAACAGUUGCCCUGCCAAGCCGCCACCACCCGAAGAGAAGGAAGAAGAGGACGAAGACGACGACGAUGAAGACGAGGGGGAGAAUGAAGAGCAGGCAGAGCCACAAAUCAAGUUGGAGCCACCACCCGCGAAAUUGGUGCCCAAUUUGAAGAUCAAACUGCGCUCUCCCGAUCAGGACGAACAAAAGGCCAAAAGGGUCAAGCCACUGUUCAUCACGCAAACAAAACUGGGCGGCAGCUGCUCGCCGGCUCCGGCCAAGAAACGUUCCAUUGAGGAUGUGGACAGCAGUCCCACAGAGUCGCUGGAGGAGCAGCAAAAGAAACAUCGACCCACGCUUUUGGAUACCAAACGCAUCAAGAAACCCAGCCGCUACGAAAGCACAAAGGAUGAGAACGAUGCCGAAUCGGGCGACGACGAGGAGGAAGAUGAAGAUUCGGAACUCGAUGAGGCAGAAGAAGAGGAGGGCAGUGGAGACGAUGAUGAUGACGAUGAUGAUAUAGACAGUGCGGCAGCAGACAUCGAAGAGGAUGAUGAGGAAGACAAUGACGACGACGACGACGAAGUGGGCGAAGCCAUUGAAGAGCCCACCAUGACGGUGAGCGGCCAGGGCUCUGGCAGCGACUGUGAUGCUGCUGCCACUGCCUACCCGCACGAUGGCAAUUUCCUAAGCCAUUUCGAUCAAGAAACGGACGACAAUGAGCUGGAGCUGAGUGAAGCCAUAGAGGAGGCUGUCGUCCAUGUGUUUGGCAUGGGCAGUGGCGCCGAAUGUCUCGUGGGAAAUGGCAAAAACGAAGCUCCUGCGGAAGAGGCAGCUGUGACGGCGACGGCGGAGGCGUCAGCGGCGGCAUCAGCAUCCACACAUUCAGAGCCAAAGGCGACAUUCUUUUUCGGUGAACCCGGCUGCCUGAAGCUGAGUCCCAUUAAGCAAACACCAAAGCAGCAGGAAGCGAAACGAAGUAUUUUCGAUAGUCUAAACGAGGAGAAGACCAACGGGGAGAGUGGCACACCCAGAGAAGGCACACCGCCACGCAAUGGCAGGGACCUAAAGGAGGAGCCGGAGCCCGAGACCGAGCCCCAAACCGAGCAAGUGGCAGCAACCAAAACAGGCAACGAAACAAAAGAAAUCUCACAAGCAGCAGGGCAUACGGAGGCCCAGGAAGCAACGAACACAGAACAGCCAGAAUACCAGAUCAAAGUGAUUGAAACGAAUGAGAAAAUCUCGCAAGCACUUGAAGAUAAGCCCACAACACGCAAAGACGAUAUUAAAGAAAGCAAAACAAAGAAUAUACAGGAAAAAGAGUUGGAAAAUCACUCGAAAAAUGAGUCAAAUGAAGAGGAGGAAGCCGCGGCGUGCAGCGAAGCGUCUGUGGAGGCAAUUAAGAGUCCUAAGGGCAGCGCAAAAGCUACUGAAAGCAAUGCAGAACAAAAGGAAACUCAACCUGAAGCAAUUGUCAAUCAUAAUGGGCCAGUUCCAACAGAAACUGAGGCUUCCAAAGUGGUUAAGGGUUUGAUGGCAGAUACGGAAUCGACUAGAAGUAGUUCGGAAACGAUUAAAAGUAGCCCUGAAAAGGUUAAAGGCAGCUCUGAAUCGUCUCAAAGCAGUUCUGAAACGAUUAAAAGCAGUUCUGAAACGAUUCAAAGCAGUUCUGAAACAACAAAGAGCUGUAAGGACGCUGCUUCGAAUGAAACGGGACAAAGCAAAGCGAAUCAAACCCAAAAUGAAACCACAGCAGGUGGUAAACCUGUUCAAAAAGAAUUGGAAACGGUUAAAAGUGAUCUGAAAACAUUUGUGGAGGAUUCCAACAAGAUUUCAGAUGAUUCCAGACCCAAGCCAAGCAGCGAGAAAGAACCUGCUGCCUCGGCAGUCCACAGCAUGAGCAAAACCGAUGCUGAAAAGGCCAAGGAAUCAUCGCCCGAACCGGUUAAGGAAACGAUUGUUGAUACGACUUUGCUUCAAAGCAGUAAAACCCUUCCAAAUGACAAUAGUUCCACACUGCCGCCCAAGGAGCAGCCUAAGAUCGUCGCCGAAUCGCCGGCCACUGUUCCUCCCAAAGAGCAGGCAAAAGCCGUCGACACAGCCGUUAUUCUUCCCCUGCCGAAUGAGCAGCACAAAGCUAUCGGCGAAGCGGUUAUGCUCCCAAAAGAGCAACCCAAACCCCUCGCCGAACCGGGUACAACCGAAAUGAAGUCCGAAACUAGCAAUAAUGGCUCUCACAAUAAGGAAAAGCCAUCAGAAAAUGUACAAAACGAUUUGCCCAGCACCUCCAAGGCUUCAGUUCCCAAGGACAAUGGCGAAAAGAGGGAGCCUGCAGGCAAAUCCCUGCCAGUGGAAGCUCCAGCUGUAGAAUCUGUACCUAAAUUCGAUUUGGCAACGAGCAUCAAAGCUACAGCAAGUGAUUAUCUGAAGCCUGCAACGAUGCUGCCCAAUCGCAAGCGCCGCCUCAACGACUUUGUGGCCGCACCCGCCCGACCAUCCACCUCCGAGAGCGAAGUGGAUGCCCAGCAGCACGAGGAGGAAAUCGAUGAAGCGCUGGACGAUCUGGAUGUGGGUGGCAAACGCAUUAAGAUGCGUCCCAAGACCUCGAAUGUGGAGGCGCGUCGCAAGGUGGAGGCACAGAAGACCCAGGUCGAGGAGACGACCUCGUCCAGCGGCGAAGAAGAUGCGCGAAGUCGCCGCAAGAUUAUAGCCCCAAAGCGGCACUUGGAGAAGGCGCCCGUGACCAAGCAGAAGCCAACGCUGGCCGAGAUUAUCGAGAAGAAACUGAAGAAAACGCCCGAAAAGGUGGCCGAGUAUAUGCCCGACAAAUUGCCAGAAAAGGAGCCUGACAGUAGGAUGCCCGAGCAGCACACAGAACCAAUGCCAGCGGCGACACUGCCGCCAGCGCCUGCCAGAGAAGCAACGCCACCCGCUCCGUCCUUCAGUCAUCCGAAGAAAUCGCCAAUAACAAAGCCGCUGAAGAAGAAUCUGCUGACGCAGAUGCGACAGGAGGAAAGCGACGAGGAGGCCGUACCCAGGAAGCGUACAAAUAGUGAGACAGUAGCACCCACACCAGCACCUGCACCGCCACCUGCUGUGCUGGAGGAGCGUCAACGCAAGCGUCGCAGCAGCGAGGAUGCCAAAGAUUCCAGGGAAUCUUCGUGCAACGAGGCUCCACCGGCAGUCAGCGAGAAGCUGAAACGCAACAACGAGCAGGACAUCGCGGAAGAAGAGGAUCAGGGCGCGUCGCCAUCUCCAUCCAAGGAGAAGGCUGUGCGGGCAGCACCAACCAAGGAACAGCUGCCAUCGCCUCUUCCCCUUUUAAUCAAGGAGAAGAUUCUGCACGAAGCACCUCCGUCGCCGCCACCAGCCACGCUGGCUGCAUUGCCUUUGAUGCUGCCACCACCCAAAGAGAAGUCUCCAGCAGUCAAGGAGAAGUCUCCACCAGCCAAGGGGAAGUCUCCGGCGACCAUUGCACUUAAUGAGAAGUCUCCGACGGCAAUUUCCAGCAUGGAGAAUGCUUUGGCGACUAAUCCCAUCAAGGAGAAAGAUGCGUUGCCCUCCCCAUCCACGGAGAAGACACCAUCGCCGCCAGCAGCAAAGGAGAGGGCACCGCCACCCGCCAAGAAGAGGUCUGUGUCGCCACCACGAGCCUUGGUGAAGGACACAUCGCCGCCGCCAGUAAAAGAGAAGAUUCCGGCGAUAAUUCCAAGCAAAGAGAAGGCUCAGGCUCCCGUGGCACCAGCAGCCAAGGAGAAGACUCCCGUGGCACCAGCAGCCAAGGAGAAGACUCCCGUGGCACCAGCAGGCAAGGAGAAGACUCCCGUGGCACCAGCAGGCAAGGAGAAGACACCCGUGGCACCGCCAAUCAAGGAGAAAACUCCAGUGUCGCCGCCAGUUAAGGAAAAGUCUCAAGUGGCAGCGCCAACAAUGGUGAAGGUUCCUCCAUCGCCACUCAAAGUGAAGGAGCUGUCGCCAGCCCCAGCCCAAGUGCAAGAGAAGCCGCGAGUGGCAGCGCAGAUCAAAGAAAAGUCUCCAGUGCCAGCGCAGGUCAAAGAGACGACCCCAACGCCGCCCCAGAUCAAAGAGCGAGCUGCAGCGCCAACUCAAAGUCUCCCAGUCAGAGAGUCAUCUCCGCCGCUGCCCGCGAAGGACACUUCAUCCCCUCCCGAGGGCUCUGCGCGUCGUUCCGGGCGUCGUGGUGGGGCCGCCGUAGUUUAUUCGGAACUGCCGCAACCCAAACGAACGCGCGGCGGACCCAAGGAGAAACCCAUGCCCGAGGCAAAGGCAGGGGUGAAGCAUGAAACCAGUGAGGAGGAGGAAGAGGAGGACGAGGUGGAGGACAUUGAAGUGGAUCCCCCAAAGGUAGCAACCAAAUUAAAGGCUCAAAUAAAAACAGAAACGGCAGCAAAGAAGGAGGAGGCGCCUCUCCAGAAGAAACCUCUGAAAGAGGAGAAACCUCUACCCCCCAAACAACCGGUGGGCCGUGGACGCGGUCCGCGCAAGAAGCGCGAGGUGGACACCACCAACAUCAUUGAGUGCGUGGACUCUGAGACGCCGGUGCGUCAGUCGCGACGCAUUGCCCAGCAGAAGAUCAAGGAGGAGGCCGAACGGCGCAAGCAGGAGGAAGUGGCACUGCGGUCCAUGAAGCAGGAGCUCAAGAAAAAGAAGAAGGCCCAAAAGGAGCAAGAUCCCACAGUGCCCGAGCCGUCGAGGAGCGAGGAGGAAGAGGAGGAGGACGAGUCCUCGGAGGCCAGUGAAGCGGAGGAGGCUAAAAAGAAGAAGAAGAAGCUGCCGGGCAAGGAUGGCUGGUCCUCGGACUCGGAUCAACAGGCGGACAGCGAGGAGGAAGAGGAGGAACCACCACACUACGACACAGAUCCCGGCUCGCCGCUCUUCCGCUCGGAUCACGAGUUCUCGCCCGAAUCCGAGCUGGAAGACGAGUCGCAGGUGGUGCCCAUGAAGCGCGCCCGCACGGUGCGCAAGGAGAACGAGGAGGACUACGAUGCGGACGAGGCGUGCAACGAGUGCGGCAAGUCCGACCAUCCCGAAUGGAUCCUGCUCUGCGAUACGCCCAACUGCAACAAGGGCUACCACUGCUCCUGCCUCUCCCCGGUGCUCUUCUACAUACCCGAGGGCGACUGGCACUGUCCGCCCUGCCAGCAGGAGCAUCUGAUCGUGGCCCUGGAGCAGCAGCUGCUGCGCUUCGAUCAGAUGGUCGCCCACAAGCAGCAGGAGAAGCGUCUGGCUGAGGUGGCCGAGCGCGAGCGACAGCAGCGGGAGGCCCUCAAGCUGGCCGAAGAUCUUGAGGCCUCCAAGGCGGAGCGCCAUGCCCGUCACGACGACGACGACGACGAUGAUGAUGAUCGGGAUGAGGCGGCCAGCAAGCAGAGCAAAGCGGACAAACCCAAGAGACGCCGCGGCGACGGGCGCAGCAAUCGCAAGGCAGCCAAGCGCGGCACAAGACGGCGACGCGGCGGCGACUCGGACAGCAGCAGCGGCGGUGCGGGCAAAAGCCAGUCCGGGGGCAGUGCCUCCGGCUCCGGGUCGAGCAGCAACAGCAGCAGCUUCUCCGAUUCGGACGAUGAGCCCAUCUACAAGCUGCGCAAGCGCCGUCAGAUCAAUGUCAGCUACCGCCUGAAUGAGUACGACGAUCUCAUCAAUUCGGCGCUCAAAAAGGAAAUGGAUGAGGUGGCCGGAGCGGGCAAUCUGGGCCGCGGCAAGGACAUUUCGACCAUUAUCGAGGCGGACAAGGAGAAGGCGCGUCGCGACGACUUGCCCGAGGACGAUGAGGAGCAGCAGGCAGCGCCCGAGGAGCAGGCUCCAGCCUCUGUGAAGGCAGAGAAACCCACAAAAUUCAGCAGCAGCUCUGACAACGACGACGACGACGACGAUGAGGUGCCCCUGAAGCGCAGCAAAUCGAAGCAGCCGCCAGCGAAAAAGAAGGCCCGCAAACUGACCACGCUGGAUGUGAGCUCCGAGGAGGACCAUGGCAGCGAUGAGGACUUCAAGACCUCCAGCUACACCGACGAGGACACCUCACAGUCCGCCUCCGAUGACUCGGACUCCAGCUUGGAGGUGUACCGGCGUCCGGGCCGCGGCAAGAAGCAGCGAAAGGCGGCCAGAAGAGCAGCCCGCGAGCGUCGCAAGGAUCGCAAAUUUGUGGUCGAAGAGAGCGACGAAAGCGAGGAGGAGCUAAAGAAGCCCAAGUCCAAGAAGAAGAAGAAGGAGGAUUCCGACUACACGGAAACGGAGACGGACGACGACGAGGACAAUGGCUCCGAGCUGACCGAGAACAUGGACAGUGCGGAUCUGUGCGACGACACGACCAGCGACAGCGAGGAUGGCGCCUGGCAUCCGUCCAAAAAGAAGAAAACAAACAAGAAGUGCAGCUCGGCCGCGGGCAUAGCCAGGAAAUCGCCCAAGCUGAAGAAACCCGCGCCGCCGGCCAAGAAGCCGAAACGCUUGGAGUACUCCGACGAUGACAUCAGCGAAAGCGAACCGGAGGAGGAGGACGAGGACGAUGAUGAGGGUGCGCCGAUCUCGGGCAAGGGUUCGGGCAAGCAGCCACGCUCACAGCCGCUGAAGCCCAGCGCCGCCACCGCCGGGCAGACGGGUGGCAAGGGCAAGGGCAAGUCGGGCAAGUCCAAGAAGAAGAAGCCCCCAUCCACCGACGAGGACGAGGGAGCCGCCUCGGAUGAGCGGACGCGGACGCGCGGCCGUCGCUAUGCCUACAUCGAGGACUUUGACGACGACAGCUCGGACGGCGGCAUCAAGCCGGGCGUCCAUCGGCCGGACACACCGCCCGAGGAGCGCCAGAAGUUCAUCCAAAAGCAGGAGGAGAUCAAACGGAUGCUGGCCGAGAAGAAUGCCGAGGGAGCCAAGCUGGCGGCCACGCCACGCCUCACGCCCAUCAAGGGCACGGCACCGGGUGGCCAGGCGGCACCCAGCGCCGGUGCCGGCGCCGGCGCCACCCAGGAGAAGCGAACGCCCAGCAAGGGACCAGCUGGUGGGGGGGACUCGCUGUCCACGGUGCCGCUGUCGGUGAUCCGGCAGGCCAAGGUGCUGGACAUUGACUAUCUGCAGCGCAAGGGCGAGACGAUUGGCGACCUGGACGACAAGGACGAGUCCGAGGAGCUGGACGAUGCCGAAAUGAUGCUCGACGAUGCCGAUCUGCCCGAGGACAUGGAGGAUGCCAUUGCCCGGAUGGUCGAGGAGGAGGAGCAGUUCAGUGCAGCGGCAGCCAGAGAGCUGCCCGGACCCGAGGAGGUGCUGCGCACCACACCCGCCAAGGCCAAGGCCAGCAAAGUGUCGACAGCAGCCCCAGAGACGCCGCCAAAUCCUACAGUUCCUCAUGCAGCAGCAGCAGCAGCAGCAGCCGCAGCCGCAGCCGCAGCGCCGCCAUCGGGUCUGCAGGAGCCGCAUCGCAAGCGUCUGCCCAUGCCGACGAUGCAUCCGCCUCUGCUGCGUCAUCAGUUUCCGGGGCCACCUGCAUCUCUGCUGCCGCCGCCACAUGGCAUGCAUCCCAUGCUGCAGCGUCAUCUGUCGCAGGGAGUGGCGCCGCCACAGGCCAUGCAGCUGCUGCAGAAUGCGCUCUCCGCGCCGCUCGGCCAGCCGCUGGGCCGUGGCAACUAUCCAGCGCCACCGCCCUCGGCCCAGCACUUGCCACUAGUCAUGUCCAUGCCCUCGGCGGCGGCGGCGGCGGCUGCCCAUCUGAUGCACCAGGCCACGGUGGCCACGCAACAGGCGGUGGCUGCAGUGCCACAGACAGCCGGCCCCGCUCCGCCGGUCGAUAGCAAGCCGCGUGGCAGGCGGAAAAAGGUGACGCCGCUGCGCGAUCAAUUGCAGAAGCAACAGGCGGCGGCGGCCGUGACGGCUGCCUCGACGACACCCGGCACAGCGGCGCCACCCGUGGACAAGAUUAAGGGCGUGCCCGCGCAGCUGUUCAAACCGCACGACGAUGCCCCCCCACCACCAGCCACAACGGUUGCCGCCGCCUCCUCACAGGCGUCGGUAAUCACGCGAAUGCCGACCCAUCUGUCGGCGCAUCCGCAUCCGCAUGCACGGGGCCCGCCCGCUGGCAUGUAUCCGAGCAGCGCGGAAUUGGCUCGUUUCUAUGGCCAACCGCUGCCGCCGCCGCCGCCCACCUCUGCAGCGGGCUCGCGCUCGCCAUCGUCUGGCGUGGGCCCAGCCUCGUCGCCGGGUCCACCACGUCACCUGCUGCGUCCGCAAAUGCCACCCGGCCUGCCGCCGCCCCACUCAGCGCUGCGACCCACCUACGGACCGCCGCCGCCGCUGCGAGGAGCGCCACCGCCCACAUCGACACUGCCCAGCAGCGGAGCGCCGCCCAAUGCGCGUCCCCCGUACAUGCACGGAGCGGAGCAUCACGGCGGACCGCCGCUGGGCAGUGUCUAUGGCUCGGGACCGCCACCAGCGAGACAUGCCUCGCCCCACUUGAAUCCCUACAGCCGCGGUCCGCCCAUCUAUGGCAAUCCCAAUUAUCCGCCCCGCGUUGUUGGACCCCCAGGACCGCCCGGCAAUAUGCGUCCCGGUGCCGUGGACUAUGUGGCAGGAGCACGCGGCUAUCCACCGUAUGGCUACUAUGCGCCGCCGCCGCCGUUGAGCACACCACCCGCCCAUGCAGCACCCAGUUCGGUGAUUGUGAGUGCACCGCCGGUGACGGUGACGCCCACAAAUCAUUCGGUAUCCGCCUUGACGCGUGGCAAAUCACCAGCUCCGGUUGCGGUUGCUGUUGCAGCUGCAGCGCCGCCAGCAGAAGUAAUAGCAAUUGCCCACAAGCCCCAGCAGCAGCCGCAGCAGCAGCAGCAGCACCCACCGCAGCCGCAGCCACAGCCACAGCCAACGGUGAUAACGAGCAAAAAACUGACAACACUGGAGGCCUAUCCUGUCGGUUCGCCAGCAGCGGUCAUAGCAGAGGAGGAUUCCGGCUCGGCGCACGACACCAGCGGACCGCCGUCCGUGGCGACGGGUCCAGCGGUGGGCGAGUUCAGUGGCUUGGUGAGCUACUUUAGCUCCCAGCAGGAUGACUACGACACAUAACAAGCGCCGCUGGGUGCCUAAAAUACACAAAAACAAAAGGACUGUAUAUAAAAUGUAGCCCGUAAGGAGGGGAUGGACGAUGCGUGUAUAGAGUGUGUUGGAGGAAGCCUAACCGCUGCUUUAGGCCACUUAUUGCAAAUUGAAAAUCCUACAAAACCCAAGCAAUAGAAGCAGAAAUACGUUGAAUUUCGUGCUGUAUUUAAAAUUGGUAUGUUUCGUUUCGUUUGAUGAUUUUGUAUUUUUUUUUCUAAAUCUGAAAAGGAAUUUCUCUACCACAUUUUACAAUUUAAUUUAUUUUCCCCCCCUGCCCGCGUCAUUUACUUGCUUGUGGCUCUUAGAGUUUAUUAGCUAAAGGCAAAAGAAACCAUCAACUACGUCUAGUAUUUUACAUUUAGCUGUAUUAUUAUAUUAUUCGAAGCAUUAAUUUAGAUAUUGAUACAUACCAUUAAAUACUAAAAGAACGAAAAGAAGAAACAAACUAAAAAGCAUAAACUAAAUAAAUGGAAUCACACGACAAA